AUGGAUUUUAUCAAGAGUGCCCUCAGGAGUGCGGCAGCAGAUUAUGCACAAGAAAUGGGUGUUCCUCGCGCUGUGUUCGAUCAUAUAUUCCCAUUGGAUGAUGAAAACGGAAACGAAUACGACCCUCCCACCCCACCCAAUGAAAUACAUGUACCCAACUCCCAGCAGCAACAUUACGGCCCUACUGUCUAUGGCGAGGACGGAGAAGAAAAACAGCCCUUACAUUAUAAAUUGUCUCAAGCCACUGGUAAACGUAAAGCUGUCCUCGUAGGCUGCAACUAUCCUGGAAGCAUAGCACCACUAGAAGGGUGUGGCCAAUCAUUCUUCAAUGUGAUAUUUUAUCCACAGCUCCCGCUAGACUACUUCGGCUACGAAGAGACAAACAUACGUGUCCUCACUGAUAGUGAGAGCUCUCAUGGUGAAAUCGGCGAAGCCCUUUCCACUCGUGAAAAUAUUGUCGGUUAUAUUCGCUGGCUGGUUGAGGAUGCUGAACCUGACGAUUCACUGUUUUUUCACUCCACUAUGGUUAGCAAUCAAAAAGAUCUAGAUGGCGACGAAUAUGAUGGCAUGGAUGAGUCUAUCUGUCCUACCCACUAUGAAACUGCUGGGGUUCUAGUAGAUGAUGAACUACACGACCUGCUAGUUAAGCCUUUGCCCGAGGGAGCAGGCCUAACGGCUCUUUUCGACUCGUGUCACAGUGGCUCUGUGUUAGACUUACCUUGGACGUACGAAACCUCCGGAGCAAUUAAGGAGCCUGACGAUCUUCAAGGCGAGGCUGAAGCUGAAGCUGUUGCAAUUGACGCUCACCAAAAGCGAUUCAAAUGGUCCCCUGCCGAUGUGAUCUCGUUAUCUGGUUGUAGAGACAGUCAGACGAGUGCCGACGCCCAGUUCGGUGGCCUCCCCAGUGGGGCACUCUCCUAUGCAUUUAUCCGGGCAUUUGCCAAAUUCCCCCAAAUGACAUAUGCUCAACUACUGAAGGUCAUCCGCAAUGAACUACGUGGGAAAUUUGACCAAAGGCCUCAGCUAUCAUCCUCCCACCCAAUCGACAUGGACCUAUUGUUUAUCCAGUAA